GGUGCCAACCGCCGGGUGGAUUAUGUGGGUGGACAAGAAAAUUCAGUACCGUGCGGCCCCUUUCUGACGUGAAACGUGACGCAGGGAUGAAAUUCUCAAAAUAAAAUAACGCUAUUGUAUUGUUACAUACAGUAUACACCAGCACUAGUUUUCUAAAUGUAACAAAUUAACAUUUUGUGCUUCAUGUAUUGCAGAAAUCCACUUGUAUUCGCAAUGUUUUUCUUUAUUCUUGGUGCAUUUUUUCUUGGAAUCAUGUCAAUUGAAUCCUUUGUUUACAGUUCUCUUGGGUCUAUUCCUGCGUGAUCAAACGAAGAAAAUGUGUGCAGCUCAAACACCUUGUUCUGACGGCCAGCACUGCCCACCACACUGGUUGUGCUGCAAGGAGGGAUGCUGUGCACCAGCUACUGUGAUACCCAGGCAUACACCGAGUAUAUAUGACGACGAUUGGUAUUUGCAAUGGCAAAUACUAUCUCUAUUAGCAACAGUAGUUGGCUUAAUGGCCAUCUUUUUGUGGUACGUGGUGUCGAAACGAAACGGCGGAAUAUACAUGUGCUCUAUGUCUUGCUGCUUCCACCGAAAUGCUUCAGAGAGAGAUUCCGCGGGCUCAGUAUAUCCACCGCCAAGAUAUAGUCGUUGUGGCUCAUUCCAUCAGGCGCCGCCGCCGUAUUCUGAAGUAACAUCAAAGCCAGAUCUAUAUCCCCUCGUUAUAACGUGUAAUGAAGGGGAGGGGAAAUCUGGUGGUAACUACCUAAUGGUCCACUACUUCAGGAACUACGUGAUUCGAGCGCCUGGCUCUCUGUCCGCGACGAGCACAGCCGAGUCACUUAACUCAAGUUAUAUGUGCAACGCUGUUAACGAGGCGAACACAAUGGUCCCUCCGCCGUACUCGUGUGCGAGCAGUUACAACGAGUGUAGUAUGGGCUGCGGUCGAACAGUGUUGCGGUCAUUGACCUCGCUUGCUGAGCCUAGGCGUAGGGACUCCAACAACGCUACGUUUAGGGAUAACCUUAUCAACUCUCCAGUUCAGCCAAUGGAUCCAUCGUACGAUCUAGACUUAGAGCUUAUUGACUGCGAAAUGUACUGCGACGGAGGCUGCAAGCCACGUCUGGGUGCAUCUCCUCCCUUACGCCAUGCACACUCCAACUCCGAAGACACCGUCUUCGACCACGAAGCGUACGGAAUUCGACAUCUGUUCCCUUCACCUGAAGCUGGAACCUGUGAAUCUCCACCUCAGCCUACAAGUCCUACGCAAACCUCACGAGACUCCACUUUACGACGACUAAGCGAGGACCGACGCCUCAGACGACUGGACAUAGGAAAGAAAUCGUCUAGAACACGAAAAUCGAGCUUAUACAUGCCUCUAUCAGCCGGCUACAGCGGAAGGACUUCGAGAAUUUCGCCGGGGACCAGAAUCUCUUCGCGAUCAGCUCCGGCCACGCCCUGCGGGGCUCUAGUCCCCAAUUUGUUGAACCUCACCCAAAGGGUAUCUGCUUCAAGACUGAGCUCGCGGUCAUCGAGACUGGAGGAAGAAAACGAUCCGUUAUUGGCUACAGAUACGGAAAAUCAAAUCUCUGAACACAAGUUUUAACGUCGAACACAGUAAGAAAGACUUUAAAGUAUAGCUGUCUGUUCAUUUAGUGCUAUGUAGACAGAUCUAAAGCACAUUUUGAUAAAAUGUAUAUUGUAUGGACUGAGCAUAAUACUGCAAGAAACUCUGCUAGAACUCACUGAUAGAAGAUUCCUUAUUAAUUAUAUUUCCAGGAGUAUGACAGAACCUUACACUAGUUUAUUCACGUCCGGUCUAUUCUAAAGCGUUAUUCUUAUAUCCCAAAGUAACCUAAAUCUUUUUACACUGUUUUAACUCAGUUGUUGA